AUGACGAACAAGAGCUACCUCGCCUUCCUCGACGAGAGCGCCGCCAUGAUCUCGCGCGCAAAGGUGCCUGGGCUCGGAGCCCUGCCCAGCUUCAUCCCGCACCGCGUCCGCAGAAAAUGGAGGGCCACGCGCUCGCGGAUACGCAGCCGCCAGUCUCCCACGUCAUCCAUCGCCUCGCUCGAGACGUCGUGGUCGCCCGCCGACACCCUGCGCUCGCUGCGCACCCACCCGUGGUCCAUAUACGACGGCCAGUAUCUGAUACUUGCCAUUGUCGCCAUUUUUGCCCUCUCCGUCAGCGAGGCCCCCGGCCCCUUUGCGAAGACCUUCGCCGCUGCGCUGCUCAUGGGCGGUCUAGUCCUACCCAUUACAAGACAAUUCCUCCUCCCAUUCCUCCCUGCGCUUACCUGGAUACUCCUAUUCUCUAGUUGCAAGUACGUAGCCCUCUCCUUCUGCGCCACAUUCCCGCCAUAUAUUUCCAGCGAUCACCGGCCUGGGAUCUGGGUCCGUGUGCUUCCCACGGUCGAAAACAUCCUCUACGGCGCGAAUUUGAGCAACAUCCUCUCCGCACACAAGCACGUCGUUCUGGAUAUCCUGGCCUGGAUACCAUACGGCAUUGUGCACUAUGUUUCGCCCGUCAUUGUCUGUGGAUGCAUGUUUAUUUGGGGGCCACCCGGCACCCUCCCCAUCUGGGCACGCGCGUUCGGUUACAUGAACCUGUUUGCUGUUAUAAUACAGAUCAUCUUCCCCUGCUCUCCGCCGUGGUACGAGAACACCUACGGGCUGGCACCGGCCAACUACUCGAUUCCGGGCGAUGCUGCGGGCUUGAAGGCGAUUGACAAGCUCUUUGGAUUUGAUCUAUACACGUCCGCAUUCCAUGCUUCACCCAUGGUUUUUGGCGCUUUUCCGUCCUUGCACUCUGGAUGGGCGACAUUGGAGACCUUGUUCAUGGGACAUGUUUUCCCUAAGCUGUUUCCGGUGUACGUCUUCUACACCAUGUGGCUGUGGUGGUCGACCAUGUACUUCUCCCACCACUACGCUGUAGACCUGGUUGCCGGCAGUUUGCUCGCCGGCAUCGCCUACUUCUGGGCCCGCGCCAAGUUCCUUCCUCGCGUACAGCCCGACAAAGAAUUCCGCUGGGACUACGACUACGUUGAGAUUGGCGAUCCUCAAGAUAUCGGCUACAGCAUGCUCGAUAUCUACGAAGAAUUCCACCCGCAGUCGGAUUCUGACGAUUGGGCAAGCGGCUCAUCCUCGUCAUACUCCACCGGCGGCAGGAGUCCGUCCGCUGGAGCUCGCUCACCCGUCGAUGACGCCCAAAGCCUAUGGGACGGUGACACGGUCGGAUCCGACAUUGAGCCCCUCCGGUAG